AGACCAAGACAUUCAAGUUGACCUAAAGAAUGACAGGUUUUACAUUGUAAUCGUCUAUCAUAUCAUACUCCCAAUAACUUUCUUACUUGCUUGGUGGGAACAGAGCUCUACUGCAUCUACAUCCCAAAUAGAAUCCUUAUCUCCCAGAGCAUAGCAGUGCAAAUGCUUCACCUGCAAGUAACAAGCAAACCUGAGGAAAAGAUAUACAUUUACCCAACAAGGAUUUCCUGAAGCAAUUGAUAAGAUGGUGGCAGCACAUUCCUACAAGCAUAUGCAUAGGACUUGCCUCCAAACUCAAUUCUGUCAGAUUAAAUAAUCUAGGAAUAAAGCCAUGAACCAUGAAGGAUCAAAAUUAACAUUUUGAAACAAGGCCAAUAGCACUACUUUUGUACAUUACCAACCAAAAAAGAAGCAAUUUCUUUCCAUGUCAGUGAGGGAUCCGGUCUAGUUAACAAGGUUGUCUCCCCCUCUACAAAAUAAGGAACGCUCUCUCGUCGGUCGUAUUCCAAAGAAAGAAAAAACCACCAUGGAGGUUUGGCUGAAGUCUUAGUUAAGCAUGGCGCCUCAGCUCCUUCUCCACCCUACCGGACGAACUCAAGAUCGCAAUCAUAGCUAUGGUGCCGGGGACAACGAUAGCGGCGAUGGAAUGCGUGUGUGGCAGCCUCCGGAGGCUAUCCUCCUCCGGCGAUUACCAGCUGUGGGCGACGAAAUUCCGCGAGGAGUUUGGCGACGGGGAGGUGCCGCCGCUGUCAUUACAUCCGUUCGAGGGACCGAAUUGGAACUGGAAGGAGCGGUUCAUUGAUAGAGCGCGGGAUAGGAAGCGGAGGAGAGAUGAGAUUGUCAAAUAAUCAAAAGAACAAGCAAGAACACCGAGAUUUUUUAACGUGGUAUCGUAAAUAUGACCUUAGUCCACGGAGAGGAUCUCCCUCUCAGGUUUUAUGAUCUUAUUUCGUUACCUUUUCAUCAAGUGUACAAGGCACAUAUAUAGGUUUCUCCAGAAACCCUAACCUAAUCGGCUAUGGGAAUUUACAUAAUGGUACAUGUAUUAUUAUAAACUAACACCCUCCCUCAAAUUGAUGUUGGGUCCUCAACAUCAAUUUGGCUGAUAGAUACUUGUGUCUGCUCGAUCCUACUGCUUUCGUCAGCAAAUCUGCAGUCUGAUCUUCUGUAGAUAAGUAGCUAAGCUAGACCACUCCCUCUGCAACAAGUUGUCUAAUAUAAUGAACAUGUACCU